AUCAGCUGUUGGGUCCAGAUCGUCCAGAUCCAUAACAAACUUCAAUCCAAGGCCGGAGGGAGCGUCCAUGCUUUGAAAUCGACUCCAAAUCAUUGUCAUCGCCCCUAUGAUCUCUCAUGCUCGACUCGCCUUGACUCACUUGCCCACAGCAGCGGGUACCGUGAACUGUAUGACAAGCAGGCACCAGGGGUGAUUGGAACCCGGUGAAUGGGUCACUGAUCACCGUGGCCGGACCCAUGGAUGAAUGGCCGCCUGGCUUCUCCGCGUGUGGCAUUGGUGGGGCUCUUGGCUGUAUUGGCUCAUGUGGGGUGGGGGCUCAACCGCCCGCACAUCGGGUCUGCCCGUCACCAUCCGCACGGAGCAAGGCCAAAAUUUGUCCGUUCACAUCCAACUCACCUGGGAUAUGCGGCAAGUCCAAUCCGCCGUUUUGGCUCAGCUCGGCCUACCCGCGGCCACGCCCAUUCGUUUGAUCCUGGCUGGUCGUCGUCUCGCACCCGAGGUCCGCGUGGGCGAUUGUGAUUUGGGGGCGGGCACCACCUUACACGCCAUUCGGGUCCUGACCCACUGUCCCGAGCAGGCCGAUGAUGGGACCCAGCACCGGCCGCUGAAUCAGUCCUUGGUGGAUUUGGAGAUCUCGGGUGGGGCUCGCACCCAGCCGGCCAGUUCACCCGAGGCUCAAGCCCGGCGAUUAGCUCAUUUCUAUGUGUAUUGUGACGCCCCUUGCCAUGCACUCCAACCCGGCAAGUUGCGCGUACGAUGCGCGUCCUGUCAAGAUGGCGGCAUCGUUUUAGCCGGAGAACCCACGGGUUGGUCCGAUGUCUUGGUCCCGGAUCGGAUUCAAGGCACUUGCAAUUUGGCCGCUUGCCCAACCCGGGGCACAUUGAGUUGGGCCCGGUUCUAUUUCAAGUGCGCCUCCCAUCCGGCUUCCGAGGACACGCCGCCAUUGUACUUGAUCCGCUCCAACUUGUACGAUGUGCCUUGCUUGGCGUGUUUGGACGUGGGCCAGCCCGUAGUGGUAUUUGAGUGUCCAGAGAAGCACGUCAGUUGCGUCGAAUGCUUCCAGAAUUAUUGCCGCACCCGAUUGAAUGAACGGCAGUUUCAGCUCCAUCCUGACCACGGCUAUACUCUACCUUGUCCGGUAGGCUGUGCGGACUCUUUGGUGCGCGAAACGCGUCAUUUCAAACUGAUAGGGGACCACGAUUACGAGCGCUAUCAACGCUUUGGCACCGAAGAGUUUGUGCUCCAAUCCGGUGGUGUCUUAUGCCCACGGCCCGAUUGCGGCAUGGGCAUCAUCAUGGACGAGCCUUGUCGUCGGGUGGUGUGCGAAAAUGGCUGCGGAUUUGCCUUCUGUCGUGACUGCUUACAGGGCUAUCAUAUAGGCGAGUGCGAGGCUCAAACUGAGACCGAGUCAGAUGCAGCCCAAAGUUUAAUGGCCGUGGGCGAAAACGCCGUUCGAGCCCGGUGGGUCAACGCUGACCCUAGUUCAUUGGCCAUUCAACUCACCACGAAGCCGUGCCCCAAGUGUCGCACUCCAACGGAAAGAUCUGGUGGCUGCAUGCAUAUGGUGUGCACCAAAGCGGCGUGCGGCUUCCAUUGGUGUUGGAUUUGUCAGACUGAAUGGACCCGUGAUUGCAUGGCCAGUCAUUGGUUCGGAUAACAUUAUAAUCCCUGUGAUAAAGUAUUCACAAAAAAAAAAAAUACUAGUCCUAUUUGUACUCGCCUCAUAUCAGUUGUCCUUUCGGGCUAAGAA